UUAUUCAUGAGAAUAUAAUAUGUGGAAUAUCACAUUUUUAACGCGCACAAUAAAGAAACAUUUGUAUCUACAUACAACAUUCAGAAAUGACAGGUCGCGCGAGAUAACCUUCUCCUACUGUGUGCACCACGUUCGAAAAAGACGAUCGCAUUCAUCUUCGACCGGUGGCCCAUGGAGCGUAUUGUUCUUCGGGACGAAUGAUUUUUCUCUGGAAAGCUUACGAAGUUUACACGAGCAAUACAGAAUCAAGAAAUUUUGUCGAUUGGAAGUCGUAUCAGUAUGCAAAGGAAAAAAGAAUGCAGUUGUACAGUUUGCAGAGGAAAAGGGACUCAUUGUUAAUAAAUGGCCUCUCGAAAACAAUCCACGGGGUUUUCAUAUCGGGAUAGUUGUCUCCUUUGGUCAUCUAAUACCAUCAAAUAUUAUAAAUUCUUUUCCACUUGGUAUAUUAAAUAUCCAUAGCAGUCUGUUGCCUCGUUGGAGAGGAGCAGCACCAAUAAUUUAUUCCUUAAUUAAAGGAGAUACACAGACAGGAGUUACAGUCACAAAAAUAAUACCAGACAAGUUUGAUAUUGGAGAAGUAAUAGCACAAGAAAAAUUAGAUAUUCAUGCGGAUGAAACUUUACCAGAAUUGCAUAUGAGGUUAGCAAAGCUAGGUGCAAAUGUAUUGAUUGAUGUGAUAGGAAAAUUGCCUGGAGUGUUAUCAUCCUCAAGAUCUCAAGGAAAAUUAGGCAUAACGUAUGCACCUAAAGUUACAUCAAAGAUCUCUUUGGUGAAAUGGGAUGAGAUGACGGCGAAGAAUGUUUAUGAUCUGCAUCGUGGUCUUCUAGGAUUGUACCCGUUAAAAACCAAAUUUGAUGACAAGACUAUAAAAUUAUUGGAUGUUCAGCAGACGUCGAAACCAAAAGAUGGAAGAAAUUCGGAGAACGAUGUACCAGGUUUCGUGAGAUAUGAUCGAAAAAGCAAUGCGUUAGUUGUGACAUGUAAAGGACCAAGUUGGAUCUCGGUAUCGAGAGUAACUGUGUCUGGUUAUUCACCUAUGAGUGCAUUGGAAUUUAGAAAUGGAUUUAUGCGGGGCAAAAUGAAAGACUGGAUAUUAUUUGAGAGUAACGUUACAUAAUCUACAGCAUUGUUUCUGACUCCAACGCUGUUCUUUUGUAAACCUUCAAUUUCAUUCAGAAACAGAUAAUGGCAU